AUGAAAAGUAAUUUUGCUGCAUUUCCUGAAAUAGUGUUUUUGGAUGAUACUUAUAAGUUAUUAAAUUUCAAUGGUGUUGUGUAUUUAUUUUUGGUAGAAGAUUCAGUUGGAAGUUCAGAAAUAGCAGUUGUAGGUAUAUUGGUUGGUGAACUCAAAGAAUAUAUUGAUUGGCUUAUUUCUUCAUUUAAAAUAAAAAAUGAAAACAGUAAUUUAAUAAACUCAUUUAUGACAGAUAAAGAUGAGAAUAUGAGAAAUGUUUUAAAUUAUCAUUUUCCUGUAGCAAAUCUUACUUUAUGCAGGUUUCAUGUAUUUCAAAUUUUUAAAAGAGAAAUAAAUACAAACAAAUUAGGUAUAAGCUCAUAUGAGGAAUCUUUAUCUAGAGAAUACUUACAAAAAAUUUCUUAUUCUCAAUCUUUUGAAGAAUAUGACACAACCUAUGGUAUAAUGAUUGAUAUUUUACCUUCACAAGUAAUGCAAUAUUAUAAUAUAAAUUGGCAUCCUAUUAAAAAACAAUGGGUUGAUGGAUUCAUAUGUAACAAUUUUUUGAACUUUACCAAUAAUCGAACUGAAUCACUUAACCGCAAUCUCAAAUCCAUCAUUAAAAAAUUAAGUUCACUUCAAGAAUUUCUUGAAUACUUUUUUGUGGAAUUACAAGUUGAAAGAACUGAAAGAGAUCACCGAGCUAUCAAAACAAUUCAUAAAUUGCCAGUAAUAAAUUCAGCAAUUGCUCCUAUUAAAAUAUACUCAAAUAUUUUAACUCAGUUUGCUUUUAACCAUCUAGAAAAGGAAUAUUUAGCUAGUGUCGACUUGAAGAAUAAUUCUGAUGUAAAUUUUAAUGUCACUGUAUUGAAAUAUUCUUGCAAUUUCAAUCGUAAUAUGGGAUUGCCAUGCAGACAUAUUUUUAAAAUGAGAAUUGAUAAUAAAUUGGACAUUUUUGAUGAAAAAUUAUGUUUACCGAGAUGGACAAAGAAAUAUUUGCUAGAAACACAAAACUCAUUUCAACCAUUAAAUAAUAAAGAUAACUUGCAUGAAAGUAUAAUACGAGUAACACCUAAUCUACGCACCCCUAAGUCAACAUUUGAAAAAUAUAAACAUGCUUCAUCAUUUACCAAUAGACUUUCUCAGCUAAUUUCAGAAGUUAGUCAAAAAGCUUUUAAUCAUAGAAUUGGUAUUGUGAAACAAAUGUUGAAAAUAUGGGAAAGCAAUAAAGAAUUUAUUAUAUUGCCAAUCAAAGAAAUAUUAAAUAUCAUAAAUUGCUUAUCGAUUAACCUGCAAUCAACUACUCUUGAUAUAAAACGUUGUACAUUAUUAAUUAAUGCAACAAAACAACAAAUAUUAGAGUUACGUAAUGAUGAGAAGUUUUUUGAAUUAUAUGAGCAAUCAUUGGUUAUUGCUCAAAAUUCUAAAAUACCUACGCCAUCAAGUGAUAAUUUGUCAUCAUCAAAUAGAACACGACGAAAUUCAAAUACUUUAGUCGAUUAUUAUGUAACUAUUAGCACUGGUAAAAGAAUAGCUUAUUUAUCUGAUGACAUGAAAACAGAACAAAAAAGAAUAUUUUUUAAUAUUUUAGACGUAAUAUAUUUCGAACUAAACCGACGUUUUAAUAUAAAUGAUGAUAUGUAUGCAACUUUAGAAGCUUUAGACCAAAAUUCAUCAACAUUUUUAGACAAAGUAAAAAAAUACAAAGUUGGAUUUGAAGAAUUAACAAAAACUAUUGAAAAUCUUUUGGUAGUUCCAGUAUCUAGUGCCUCAGCAGAAAGGAGUUUCUCGACGAUGAAAAGAGUAAAAACAUAUUUAAGAUCAACGAUGACAAGUAGCAGACUAAAUAAUUUAACUUUGCUGUCAAUUGAGAGAGAAAUAAGUGGAAAUUUUAUAGAAAAUCCAUCUGCUUGGGUUAUUGGUUACUUUAAAGAAGAGCACAAGUAUUCAGUGAUUCCUGUUAACUGGGUAUCAUCUGUUACAUCAAAUGGUAUUCCAGAAUACAUGUGUAAGUGGCCUUCAAAACAAAGGGUUACAACAAUGAUGUUGAUGAAAGUAGAUAAACCAUCUGCAGAUUGGAAGUCAUACCCUGUCAAAGUUAUUGAACGAAUCGGUACGAUAUUUAUUUUUCUAUUACAAAAUAAACGAUUAUCUACAUAUUCUACAUCAUAA